UCCAAAAUCCCAAUUCUCGAGUCCCUGACACCAGGCCAAGGAUCUACUGGUGUACCUGACAUACCCAUAUCUCCUGCAGGUUUACCAUCUCAAAUCGACUUGGUCAUGCGCUUGAGUCUCAGCAACCCUCCCACACCGGCCUUGAGCCGCCAGAAUACUAUAUUUCUCAACAAUGCCCACCAUUAUCGUCACGGUACCCAUCCCCAUCUUUUAUCGACCAGGCACAAACCAAGGAGAUGGCCUUUGGUGUUUCGGUUCAUCAAAGGCGCCAUUCAUGCGGCAAUUCUGGUGCCAGUCUUCUUGCAUGCACUAUUCACAGCAUUCGUGGUAUGGCUGGACAAAGACGUUUUCGACACCGUCGGCCUCCCAAGUAGCAUUAUCCCAUCUUUGUCCAUCGUGGUCGGCCUUAUGCUAGUCUUCCGCAAUCAGACCUCCUACAACAGAUUUUGGGAUGGUCGAAAUGGCAUGAAUACUAUCAACACCUGCGUUCGGAACCUGGUCCGGAUCAUCGUCACGAAUGGGUACAGCCCCCGAGGCCCGCCCACGGCGGCAGAGAAGGAGGACAUCGAACGCACGGUGCGCAUCCUGAUGGCUAUCCCCUUUGCUGUCAAGAAUCACCUCCGCGCCGAAUGGGGUGCAGCCUGGGCUCUGGGCAGCGACGUCGCGGAGAAUGGCGUCACGGAUUUCAAUCCGGACUUCGCUAGCCUCCUGCCCGCUGGGCUCGAGGGCCAUGAGAAUGGCGGACUUGGACUCCCCUACCAGCUUACCUUCUUCGUGGAUCAGUUCAUCAAGCGCGGCGUUGAGCGCGCCUGGUUCCACGCCCCGGGGGCAAGUCAAAUGCAGGCGCAGUUGAACACUCUGACUGAUGCCUACGGGCGGAUGGAGACGAUCAAGCUUACUCCGAUCCCAGUGGCGCACUUGAUUCAUCAGAAACAGGUCCUGGCCCUCUUCGGCUGCGUCCUCCCCUUCGGCAUGGUCGACGACAUGGGUUGGUGGACCAUCCCGAUGGUCAGCCUGGUGAUCUUCACGUUAUACGGCAUCGAGGGCAUCGGCUCUCAGCUCGAGGACCCCUUCGGCUACGACCGCAACGACAUCAAGAUGGACGCCAUCGUGGGCGACGCCAAGACCGAGGUCGACGUCGUGCUGGAUGAAUGGCGCAAGAUGAUGGCUUUCGUCGACGCUGGGCGGUCGAGCGGUGGCGACGUCGAUGGCACCCCUCGUCCUGCUAGCGGCGAUGCGGAGGACAGAUUUGUUUUGCCCGAGCUGUUCCUGAAGAGGGAUCGGCGUUGAUUUUUCGCAGGGUGGGUGUUAGUCGGGCU